CGCACCCGGUUGAGCGUCAUUCUUCUUUCUCUAUUUGUCAAUAAUCUGUGAUAUUCAUUUAAUUGUCAAUAAUCGCGUCUAGCGGUGUUUGUGUAUCAUGUUGUCCCGAGUUGCUCUCCAGAAAAAUGCCUUCGCUCGCCUGCGCCUAGCCAAGGGGCGCUCGGUGUUGCCUUCAGCCGCAUCACUGAGACUUCAUUCUAAUUCGAGUCGACCCAUCGCCCUUACCAACCCAUCUGCGAACAUCACUCAGGAACGUUCUCGUCGACCAUCCUUCCAGUCAAGUCGGAACCUCGCCACUGCUGCAGACCAGUCCGCAGUCGACCAAGGGUCCUAUGGAUCCUUCGAAGCUCCCGCAUACAACCCCGAACGGUACUACGACCAACAAUUGUCCUCUUUCUUCUCGCCCCUCGCUCGUGAUUUCGAUCCCUCGUCCUUGAUCAUCGUGAAUGAUGCCCUGCAAACAAAACCUAAAGUGCUGCGGAGGGUGAAAGGUCUUGGUGGCGAUGAAGAUGAAAUGCUGGCAAACUUUGAUCUGUCCCUCAGACUUCAUCGGUAUGAUCGAGCUGCUAUCCUUCUUUCCCGGCUUAGAGGAUGUUAUCCGGUCGCUUCUUCUAAAUACCUUGCCCUUCACAAUCGCUAUCUUGAGGGGAUGGUCGGGCAAAUGAUCUUGACAAGGCAGCAUAACCUCGUCCUGCCAAUGCAAAAGUUCUUCGAGGUUGAUCUACCGGCCUCCGGGGUGAUUCCGGACGCAACUACUUACGCAAUCAUGAUUCGGAUGGCACUGCGUAUGUUCCACGGUACGAAACGUGAUAGAGCAGUGCGCAGAUACUGGGACUUUGCGAAGAAGGCAUCUCUUGAGGAGGAUGUUUUGGCGGCCCCUGUUCUCUCGGAAUUGGAAAUUGGAGAAUUGUCAGAGAUCUGCUCCUCGGACAUCCAGCGGGUUUCAAUGGGUAGCUUGGAGGCGGACAAGACGCUUGAAGGUAACCGCCAAUCGGAUACGCUCGAUGACGUGCCGGAUAUCAAAGCUGUUGAACAGAAGGGUCUGGGUCUCUCAUCCUUGAAGGAGUCACUCUCGCUCUUCUCCAAUGCUUCAAGAGUGUCCGUUCCCGCGGAAGGCGAAUAUUCACCGGAGGAAGCCCAAGAACUGUACAAUCUAUCCAGGCAGCGACAGCUUGAAGCCGACUCUAUACAAGCAGCCCUGAACCGGUGGCGGCAAGAGAACACUGACAGAAAGAAGGCUGGUCUUGACACUACCGGAAGCGAGAAGCGUUUAGGCAACAUCAUCAAUCAGUGGCAUACGGAUCUGGUCACCAGGAUUGACCAGGAACUCAAGCUUGUUGAAGAGGCAGAGUCAAAGCCCCCUCGCAACUUGGAGGAUACUGAGCGUUGCGAAUACGGUGUCUUUUUGCGCUGUGUUGAUGCAGAUAAGCUAGCGGCUCUCACCAUCCUGAGUGUUUUGUCUUCGUUUGGCAGGGGCGGAAUGGAUUCAGGGCUGAAGCUGGCUUCACUUGCUACUAGUAUCGGCUCAGAGCUUCACGAUGAGUUUUUGGCUGAACGGACCCUCCAGAAGGAGGCGGCAGCCGAUGCUGGCAGGGUUAGAGCGGUCAAGCAAACACUCGCGCUUCGCAAGCAGAAAGACGGUCGGCCACGGUGGCACACAAUUGUUCGAAAUCUAGAGAAGGAUGACCCUACCGUUGCUUGGUCACCCCGCGUGAAGGCAAAGGUUGGCGCCGCCUUGAUGAGUUUCCUUUUCGAAGUCGCCAAGGCUCCCGUCAAAAUCGAAAAUCCGGAAUCGAAGAAGACUGAGAUGUCCAUGCAGCCUGCCUUCCAGCAUGCCUAUCAAAUCACCUGGGGAAGACGUGCAGGUUUCAUUCAUCUCCACCCUGCGAUUGUCAAGAUAGUCACCAAGGAACCCACAUCUGACCUUUUGGGUCGCCAUUUGCCCAUGUUGUGUAAACCUCGACCUUGGAAGGGUAUGAACGAUGGAGGCUACCACGUGUAUAAGAGCCACCUGAUUCGCACGACCCCUGGUGAAACCUUACAACCCGCAUAUGUGAAGGCAGCGCUGGAGAACAGUGGACUAGAGCAAGUUCGACAUGGCUUGGAUAUUCUCGGCACCACCGGAUGGGUUAUCAACGAAGCCGUCUUCAACGUUAUGCUUGAGGCAUGGAAUUCUGGAGAACCUGUCGCCGACCUCGCCCCGUUGGAGCCUGAUCUGCCUCACCCCCCUAAACCGACUCCGGAGGAGGGCUAUGAAGCCGAAAAGAAAUGGGACAACGAUAUGCGUGAAAUCGAGAACCGGAGAGCUGGUUUCCACUCCCAGCGUUGUUUCCAAAACUUCCAGAUGGAGGUGGCUCGGGCGUACAAGAACGACACAUUUUAUCUGCCCCAUAACCUGGAUUUCCGCGGACGUGCUUAUCCUCUUCCCCCUUACCUUAACCAGAUGGGUGCGGACAAUGCGAGAGGACUGCUUCUUUUCAGCGUCGCGAAGCCGCUCGGCGCGAGUGGCUUGAGAUGGCUAAAGGUCCAGAUUGCCAACCUUUCUGGAUUCGACAAGGCCAGUCUCUCGGAGCGAGAAAAGUUCACCAUGGACCACCUGGACGAUGUGCUUGACUCGGCUAACAACGGCCUACACGGCAAACAAUGGUGGCUUAAAGCAGAUGAUCCGUGGCAAUGCUUGGCUGCCUGCUGUGAGUUGAGAAAUGCGCUUCAGCAAGCGGAUCCCACCCAGUACGCGUCCCGCCUGCCGAUCCACCAAGAUGGUUCUUGCAAUGGAUUGCAACACUAUGCAGCCCUUGGUGGUGACAAGAUUGGCGCUCAGCAAGUCAACCUUGAACCGUCCGAUCGCCCAUCUGAUGUGUAUACCGGUGUUGCUGAGUUCGUCAAAGAGGCCGUUUCCCGGGAAGCCGCUCAAGGCCACAGCGUGGCCAAAUUCCUGGACGGAAAAAUCACCAGAAAGGUGGUGAAGCAGACCGUGAUGACGAACGUUUACGGUGUCACUUUCAUGGGAGCCAUGAAGCAGGUUCGCAAGCAGCUUAUCGACCACUAUCCGGAGCUAUCACAGGACCAGAAACACCAGGGAGCCAUCUACAUCGCGCGGAAGGUCUUCGAGGCUUUGGGAACCAUGUUCAACGGUGCCCAUGAUAUCCAGUACUGGCUGGGUGAUUGUGCCAGUCGUAUUACCCAGUCUCUGGCCCCGGAUCAAAUUGAGCAAAUCGCCAAGGAGGCCAUGACUCCCGAAUCUGCAAAGACGAUGGAAGACCCGACAAAGAAGUUCCGGUCGACGGUGAUCUGGACAACCCCGCUCGGGUUGCCUGUGGUCCAGCCAUACCGGGUUCGCAAGGCGCGUCGUAUCUAUACCACGCUCCAGGAUCUGAGCAUCGUCGAUGGCAGCUCGGGGGAUGUCGUGUCCAAGCGCAAGCAGCUCCAGGCCUUCCCCCCCAACUUCAUCCAUUCCCUCGAUGCCACCCACAUGAUGCUGUCGGCCAUCGCAUGCCACCGGGCUGGCCUCCAGUUCUCUGCCGUCCACGAUUCCUUCUGGACGCACGCCUGUGACGUCGACUCGAUGAAUGAACUGCUUCGCGAGGCAUUCGUUCGCAUGCAUUCCGACGACGUCGUCAAGAGACUGGCCGCUGAAUUCGAAGUCCGGUACAGCCAGAAUCUGUUCCUCGCCAAAGUGGAAGCCACCAGUCCCCUUGGCCAGAAGGUCCGCGCCCUGCGCAAGGGAUCGAAGGUGUCUCAGAAAGCCACCAAGGUGCAUGAGAUGCUGGAAGAGCACAAGCGACAGAAGCUCCUGAGGUCGGAUGAUCCGGAACUGCAGGCCCAGGGUCGUGCCAUGGUCACCCCGGGUAGCAUCUUUGAGGAAUUCGGAAGCGACGAAGAUCUGGCCAUCGCCAGUUCGCUGGGAGAGACGGCGGUCGGUCACGUCCCCGAGGACUUGGCGGCGGCGGAACGGAAGAUCUCAGGCAUGGAGGCCGACCCCACGGAUCCCGCCAUCGAGUCCCUCUUCCAGGGCUUUGACAAUGUGCUCGGCGCGAAGGCUGACCCUCACGAUGACACUCCCCCGGAGGAGCCGGCCCCGACCAAGCGCAAGGCCAAGGCCAAAACCUACGUGCAUAUCUGGCUCCCGUUGCGGUUCCGUCCGGUCCCGACCAAGGGAACCUGGGACGUGACGCGCAUCCGCGACAGCAAGUAUUUCUUCUGUUAGAAGUGCCGUCGCACGGGCCGCGGCUGUCUCUGCUUCGGGCGUUCUGGCACGGAGCUUGAUCUCGUUUGACGUUGCACUGCACCGAUCCUUCGGAUGGGUGCUCGCUCUUGAUAUCCCCUUGUAUAUUUAUUGAUCUUCUGGUUGUUUUCUGCUCGGGUGCCGAGUUUGGCACGGGGGAGCUCCCCCCUGAUAAUUUUCUGGUUCUUCUGGCAUGGGUGCUGCAUGGGUUGGGAUGCAUGAAUGAACGUGUAUAGUCUG